AUGCUGGCGUUUCGUGCCCGCAGCGGCUUCUGCAGCCGCAGCAACAUUACAGUUAGAAAGCAGCAGUGCACAUUGCCUGGCGCUAGUUAUCAGCGAAGCAGUGCCAGCUCUGUUCCUGCUCCUGGGGACACCCAGCAACAGCUCCAGCAUCAGCAGCACCACCAGCAGCAACAGCCGCUGCGGCGGAGUGGCCACAGGAUACCUUCCGUUUCAACCGAAUCCGUUGAAAGUGCAGUAGGCCAGUUUAUCAUGGCCUGUCAAAGGUUCCAGCGCCAACAGCUGCAACAGCGAUGGCAACAGCAGCUGCAGCAGCAGGUCGGCGGGGCAGCGGGGACUGCGUCGUCGCUCGCGAUAAUAAAGGAAACAUUAUCUGUUGCACCUGCUGCAUGUAUGAAUGCAGCUCUGCUAGCGAUGCAGCAGCAGUUGCUACCGUUGUCCUUGGUGGUGCCUCUGGCUGAGGCUUUUUAUGCUGCAGCAGAGAAGCAGAUUGAGCAGCAGGCGCAGCAGCAGCUUUCUUUUAAGCAAGGAUACCAGCAAGAGCAGAAAUCGCGCGAGCAAAAACGGAAUAAUGAGGACAACAGAGCAACAGAGAUGCUGUUGGACUUAGCCUUGCUACUCGAGCCAAACACUUUCAUUGUAGGGGGGAUCCAGCAGCAGUAUCAGAUUAAGCAGCAACUGUUGCUGCUGCCGCAACAAGCGCAGAAGAAGCGACAGCUGGCCCUGCAGACUGCAGUGCUCGUGCUGAGGCCGUUGCUGCAGCAGCAGCCUCUGCUGCUGCGGGAUUCUCAGCUGGCAAAAGCCUUGCUGAAAGCCUCUGACGAAUCGCUGCAGCAACUGCUGCAACAGACGACAGCACAGCGCCUCAGAUCCUGCAAAGAAACCCGAAACAAUGGCUGCAGCAGCAGCAGUGCUCAAGUUGCGCUCACUGCGGCGCUGCUGCGUUCCUGUGCUGCCUUCCCCCCUUUAGAGGAGGUGUACGACGCAGCAGCAGAUUUUCUCCUUCAUGCGGCUGCUGCGGCGAAGCACCCUUUGAGCAGUGAGCCAUCUUUGAAAAUGCAGCAGGGCCAGCUUGCUGCUUGGUGCGAUGUGGCUGCUGCCUUGUGUUUGAAGCAACAGCAGCAGCAGGUAUUUUGGCGAUUGUUUCCCAGCGUAGAGUCAGCUGUCUGCACCGCCUUAUCCAAACUGCUGCAGCAUCAGCAACAUGAAAAUAAAAAACACUCGUUAGUGGCUUCGAUUGACCAACUGGAACCAGCAGCAGCAGCGCUGCUGCUGCUUCGUGAGCGACAAGUCUGUUUAAUGAAUGCAGACACACCAACAGGAGCAGCAACUUCCAAGUCGGAAACAGACGCAAGCAGUGAUUUGGCUGCUGAAGAAGCUGCAGAGCCGGCGGCUGAACUUCUUUCUAGGUCUACAGUGGGACUAGGACAGCAGAAACAGCAGCAAGAAUCACAUCAGCUAGAUGACGGCGAAACCCCUGCUGCUACAGCAAUGCUACAGCAAACUUUUUUUGAAAUCUGGCAUGAAGUAGAGGCGCAGCAAAAACGGCAGCAGCACCAGACACAUUCGGAAAAUCCUGAUUGUGAGCUGCCUCGUCCAGCGCCAUCAUCUCCUUUCAAUUUUCGCUCAAAAGCGGCGAACGACGCAGCAAAAGCGGGACUAAAGGCAGCAGCCGGAGCAGCAUCUCCGGGAAGGGCGGCAGGCUCAGAGGUUAGAAGAACGACUGACUCAGAAGCAGCGCUACUGAGGCUGCUGCACCAGCUGCUGCUGCUUGCUGGCGUUCAGGAACAGCAGCAGUUAAGUAAGUUUUUGCAGAAAGUCGCUCGAGAAGUACUGCCUGCGUGCGAUCUGCAGCAGCUAGUAUUGCUCCUGCAGCACGUGGUGCGGCUCGUGGAGAUGCCUCACAUGCAGGGGCAACAGCAGCGAUUGCAGCCGGCUGUUAACCUGGGCAUGUUUGUUGAUGCUACGCUACUGGCAGUGGAUCGGAGAAUUAAACAGCACGAGCACUGCAAUGCCAGCCUCAGCAGCAACGGCAGAUUGUCUACUCUGGCGUCUCUCGCCGACGCUCUCUGCUCUAGCUCCCUCAGAAAACAAGUCCGGCUUGCUUCUGCUGCUUUUGCUGCGGCAAAGGCACUUCUCGACGACCUUCUGCUCGAAAUACAGCUUACGCAGCGUGAGCAGCAGAAUAUAGACCAGCGUGUGGCUUUGCAGGAAGCUAUCGUGUAUACAACUUUCAGGGCAGUUUCUGCCGCCUUAUCCCUUAACGAAAGCAACGCCAGUUCAGAGGCGAAAACACGACCGGGUGCAAGUGACACAGACGCAGCAGCAGCAACUAUGAACUCGUUUAACUGCUAUCCGGAGCUCCUGAGGGUCCUCAGCGAGACAAUUUUAAUGCUUCAGGGUACCGCGCACGCUAUCUUGUCUGGAUCCGCUGCUCCAGCAUCAGAAUUGAACUAUUCACAGCAACAGGCAUGCUCCCAGGAGGACGCACCGGCGAUAGAGAAGAGGCACUCUGAUAGUUUGGUCCUUGCCGUUGCAAUACUCGCGCGGUGCCUGCAAGAUCCCGCCUUGAGCAACCAGCAGGCUCGUUGGGGCUUUUAUGCUCUUCUUGCAAGCCUGUAUGAGUCUUCAACCGCCUUCUUCAUUCGCCGAAGCGACGAGAAGACGACAGCGAACGUAGUAGCGGCUCUAAGUGCGGAGCAGGUGCUAGUCUUGUUGCAAUGUCAUCUGUUCCUUUUGGAGGCUUCAACGCAACAGCUGAGGCUGACCAAUGCAGCGAGAGCAGUAGCUUCCAGUGUUGGCGGCAGCAAUCCACAGGCAGCAACAGCUGCUGCUGAGGCCGCCGCAGCAGCAACCAGCUCUUCAGAGGCGCAGCAGCUGCUUAUUGACAUUUAUAGGGGGCUUCGCUCCUGCAGUCUGAAGACUGAGUCUCUGAAAGUUGUUGGCGGUGCCAUGCAACUAUUCAGCAAAAUUCAAACCCUUACGAGUCAUGGGCCACUGGACGUCGCCUCUGCGGCUGCUGCACAGCAGCAACAGCAGCAACCGACGGGUUUUACGGAGCGGAUUGUUGGUUGGUUUCGCUCCAGAUAUACCCGUUGA